UGGGAGCGAACGCUAGCGAAAUUUGAGCUCUCUGUGGCUGGGGAAGGACGUGGGGCUUGGGAGUUUCAACUUUGCCAUGUAGAUGUCUUUGACGAUGGGGGCCCUGACAGAUCACCGCGUGAUGUAGUCGCCAAUGUGCUAAGUUGGGCGCCAGCAGAGGAACUGAAAUUCGAAGCAGAUGUUCUAGAUGUCAGCAUCAAAAGUUCAUCAGUUUCAUCCAUAACAGAUGCCAAUAUAUGUUAUAUAAACCCCUCUUCUGCCCUCCAAGAAUUAACAUUAGACUCUGAUGUUUUGAAUGCAGAAGAACAACAUACGGACUUAGUACCAUCCAAGUAUGAAGGUGGGCUGAAGGUAUGGGAAUGUACAUUUGAUUUAGUCAGAUACCUUGAGAAUGAAAUAAAAGAUGCAAAAAUUGAUUUUGAUGGGAAAGAUGUUCUGGAUCUCGGAUGUGGACAUGGUAUACUGGGCAUUUUUGCAUUGCAGAAAGGAGCCAGAGUUCACUUUCAAGAUUAUAAUAAGAGUGUGCUUUCUUCAGUAACAAUUCAAAAUAUCAUGUUGAACUUCCCACACAAGGAAUGGAAAAAUAAACUUAAUUUGUGCAGAUUCUUCAGUGGAGAUUGGGAGUCAUUCUUACAGUUGGUUAAGGAAGGAGGACAGAAAUAUGACAUAAUUUUGUCAUCUGAAACAAUAUAUAAUCCACAAAAUCAGCAGAAACUAUGCUCAGUGUUUAAGAAGACACUGAACAGUAAUGGAACUGUAUAUUUAGCAGGAAAAACAUAUUAUUUUGGAGUGGGUGGUAGCCUGAGACAGUUUGAAAGUAUGUUGUGCUCUGCUGGUGACUUAACUAGUGAAACUUGCUGGAAAAGCUCAGAUGGUGUGCAACGAGAAAUAUUAAAAAUUACCUUCAAAAAAGAUAGAUAAAACCAGCUUAUGUGCAUCAUCUCUACAGGAAAAUCUUCAUAAUAACUGUAAACGUUGUCUCCUGCAUCAGAACCAGUUAUGAAAAAUGAGUAUUGUAUAUAAUUUAAUUUUAAAUGAGCUUUUGGCAUAAGUAGUGAAUAAAAUGAAUUUUUAUUUGCAA